AACGGGCCGCUUCUGAAGCUCGCUACGGCCGCUCAUUUGCAAAACUCUGACAAAGUGCUAAUGUAUUUGCUAUUUAUGUUUAAGUGACUUGUGAUCAACUUUCUAGUAACAAUUUUACUUUGAAAAGCUUGCCCCGCCGCAUGACUCCGUCAUAAUGACGAACAACUCGCAAACUCUAGUCGACAUAUUCAAUGAAAUACUCGCUGCAUCUGGGAACUCAUCAGACAUAACUAUCAAUCAGACAAAAAUAUUAUCUGCACUAAAGGAACAAGCGUCUAAAGAUAGUAUCAAAGUGAAUAUUGGAUCUGUGUUAGCCAAAGUCGUGAAUGAUGCUAAGUUUAACCUGCCGAAGAAGCCGGAGUCCUGCGGAUACUGUGAUGGUGACUUCAGAGAUGUUGUGGAAGCUUACAAUGGCAUUCACGGAUAUGUCAGCUUAAUAGUUUGUACAAUUGGCGUGCUGGCAAAUACAAUGAACGUAGCAGUUCUUACCCGACGAGAUAUGGCCGCAGCGCCAAUCAAUCGUCUACUGAAGUGGCUGGCGGUUGCUGACGUUUUUGUGAUGCUGGAAUAUGUCCCAUUCUCCAUAUAUAAAUACCUGCUUCUUCCGGAAACACUGGACUUUUCAUAUUCCUGGGCGAUGUAUCUGCUGUUCCAUAUGCAUUUUGCGCAGAUAUUGCAUACAGCCUCGAUUUGCCUCACAUUAUCGUUAGCUAUAUGGAGAUAUAUUGCGAUAAAAUACUCAGAUCGGAGUCACAUCCUAUGCACCGAGAGGCGCUGCAGUAUCGCAAUACUGAGCAGUUUCAUUCUGCCACCUAUAUUAUGCAUACCAACAUUCAUGGUAUUUGACAUUCAUACACAAAAUGUUAGUGACACUCGGGGACGCCCUGAAUUAGCAUAUCACGUAGAUUCGAACAACCAAGGUAGCCUUUACCAAUUAAACUUCUGGGUCCACUCCGUGUUAAUCAAACUGCUGCCAUGUUCGAUUCUAACAAUUAUAAGCCUUUGGCUUAUUCGAGCAUUGUAUAGUGCUAAUCAACAUCAAAAGAAUUUAAGAAACUACAGCUCAUGUCCCGCCGCCGAGAAAAUGGUAAAGCGGCAACAUAAAGCUGACAAAAGGACUGAUAGAACUACAAAGAUGCUGCUCGCAGUCCUACUUCUCUUCCUAGUGACGGAGCUUCCGCAAGGGAUUUUGGGGCUGAUGAGCGGGUUGCUGGGGUCAUGUUUCUUUAAACGUUGCUAUGGACUGUUUGGGGAGUUAAUGGAUUUCCUGGCAUUACUGAAUGGAGCGAUAAACUUCAUCUUGUAUUGCUCGAUGUCACGUCAGUUCAGACAGACGUUUCGGCAGCUAUUAUUGCAAAAACACUUUGCUAGAUUCCUUCCAGCCACCGCCUCGCAUUCGGAUUCGCAUAACCAGAACACUAUCAAGACAUCCGUGCCUUGAGGGCGGGCGGCACAAGGCAAUGUUCCCGUAGUUUGUGAACAUUACCUGUGAAUUAGGAUCAAAUACUCGGACAUGGUGAAAUGUGAGAUUAUUUUAGAACAUAAUAUAAGUUUUGUGCAUUUAUAUUUCGUACAUUUUAACAUGUAAACGCUUUGAGAUAUAAACAUUACAAUUUCAAAUUGUCGUUGGAACACGCUAUUGUAUAGCUGAAAUGCCUUUAUGGCAUAAUAAAAUUUUAAUACACCAUAUUGAGGGUACUAUAUAAUUUUUUCAAUGUGUAGAUUAGAACUAGUAUACGAAAAGCUACUAAAAGCUAGACUUUAUGAUACAAUAAAUUAAGUCGUGUAUCUGGAAUGUUUCGUUGUGUAUAAGUUGACUAGUAUAUACACGUAUAUAGUGUAAAUAAGCACGUAAUCGUUUGACGAUUUAACCUAAGUAUAUAUUCAAGUGAAAAAAAGGGCAAAUGUAUACACACCAUAAUAAGCGUUAUUGUUGUAUACUUUUAAACGCGAAACAAAGACUUAAUCAUAUGCCUAGAACAAACGAGAAGUCGCACGAAACUAUCAGCCAAUCUUCUUAAUCGUUAACUAUAUUAUUAUAAGUUUAAUAAGAAUUUGUGACUUGACUAUGAUCUCGCAAUAAUGUGUAAUAAUUUAUAUUAAUUUUAUCUUUUUAUUUAUGACCUACCAAUGCUUGCUAAAACCUACCUAAAAUCCUUAGAAGACACUUUUGCUUAUAGGUAGAACUUGCCGAAGCCAUUAAGGCUCGUUAUCGCCGGUAAUAACUUUAGUAACAAGUCUGCGUCGGUACUCUGUAACUUUUGUAAGGUUAUUGAAUGCAAUUUCGAUAUAGUUUUUCAAAAUCUGUAGCGCGGAUGUCGCCUUUCGAAUGCGCGGUACAAACACUCAAAAAUUAGGUCGGUAUUACUAUUGCAAUUGAUUGUUUCAGAAUACUGGUAAUAUAAUCAAUUCGCGUUGACUACUUUAAAUAAAUCGUCUUAAUCGUCAAAAGGCUUUUGUUAUAUAAAAUAGACAGGUAAUAAUUAAUACUUAUAUAUUCCCCUAAUUUUGACAUUCACCUGUAAUUGCUAUGGCUAGGUGUAAAGAGAGACCAACAUGAUCUAGAUUUUGCACUGAAGAAUGUUACCGUGACCUUUAUGACGAAUCACUUAACUCUUAAGACCUGGGUCUCUCGACGUGUUUGUAUGCAAAGUUCGAUGUAGUUCUCUCAAUAUCUGUGGCUUUGACGUCGUAACCUUCGCGGAUCGUUCGGCACAAAAACUCAUUAUUAAGAUCGGAAUCGGUAUUGAAGGUUUCAGAACUAAGGAGCGUAUAUACUAAAAGCAGAUAUAUCAUCGGACAUAAAUCUAUAGCACAAAUAAUACUUGAAUUUAAUGUAUACGAUAGAAUUAGAAGCGGAGACCUGAACUUACAAAUUUAAAAAAAAUAAUUUCUAAAUGAUUGAAGAAUACUUGAUAAAAAUAUAGAGAAGUUUCUGUUAACAGAUACCUAAAGAAUACACAAAAAAGGCAAGAAAUCAGCAUGAAUUAUAAAUUAUUCACACCUGUGGUGCAUAAAAUAACUUUAUUAAAACCGGGUAUACAAAUACAAUAUUACAGUAUAUAGUUACGUAUAAGUACGGCAAAACACUUAAAGCUUAUGGUGACGUCGUCACACCGCCGAGCCAUGUCAAUUGAAAGGUUUGUGAAUCAUUCAUAAAUGUUGCUUUAAUUUGUACGCAUUAUAUGGUAUUUAGUUUAAUCUAAAAUUCUAUUUUAUAAAUUCAAACUCAAACUUGAAUGUUGCGACAUAUUAUUAAGAGCCAGUUAAUUUAUUUAUGAUUUUAUUGUCUCCAACAAAUUGUAUAUUGACGAAUAUCAUAACUAUAAUUUCUACAAAGGCGUCACAGAUUACAUUAAGUUUAGAAAUAUGACAUUGAAAUUUGACAAUUGUUAACUAACCACAUAUUAUACAAUCCUGUAGUUGCUUCUUACUUAUAUUAAAUCUAGUCUUUGUAUAUUCAUAAUUCAGACUGCUGUAUCAGAACUGUGAAAGUAUUUUUUUACAACCAAGUUGAAUUCGUUAAAUCCGAGAAUCAAGCGUUAUCGGAAAAAUAUAAAUGUACUUUGUUGUAUUUGAUAUUAAUUGUCAACGAUGUUAGAAACUUAAGGUAAUAGCAUAUAUUAUAAUAAUAUGCUUUAUGUGUUUUCUAAUAUAAAUAAUUUUAUACGUAAAGGAUUGGGGUGAAAUUUGGCUUGAUAAUGGACUAGUCAACAUUAUUUAUAAGUUUUAUGUAUAUUUAUU